UAGGGGGUAGUUUGGAGGAGGGAGUAAGAAGUAGGGAGGAGGAGGCACUCUUAGUGGAUCUGUGAGCGUGUACCCUCUUGGAAGACAGUACAGGGUGGAUCUGUACUCUGAAAUGCAGUAAUUUGGAUGUGAAUUCAAUUUCCUUCUUGCAAGAGAGGAUUCUAACAACUCAGUGUCAAAGCCAAGACGUAGACUCAGCCUCUUCUCUUCUAAAAGCUUCGCGCUCCAACAUGGAAGCCAUCGCCAAGUUUGAUUUCACCGCCUCGGGUGAGGACGAACUGAGUUUUCACACUGGAGACGUUCUGAAGAUCUUAAGUAACCAAGAGGAGUGGUUCAAGGCAGAGCUUGGGAGCCAAGAAGGAUACGUGCCCAAGAAUUUUAUAGACAUCCAGUUUCCUGAAUGGUUUCACGAAGGCCUCUCACGACACCAGGCAGAGAACUUACUCAUGGGCAAAGAGGUUGGUUCCUUCAUCAUCCGGGCCAGCCAGAGCUCCCCAGGAGACUUCUCCAUCUCUGUCAGGCAUGAGGAGGACGUUCAGCACUUCAAGGUCAUGAGAGACAACAAGGGUAAUUACUUCCUGUGGACAGAGAAGUUUCCAUCCCUGAAUAAGCUGGUGGACUUCUACAGGACGACUUCCAUCUCCAAACAGAAGCAGAUCUUCCUGCGGGACAGAACCCAAGAGGAUCAGGGUCGCCGGGGCAACAGCCUGGACCGGAGGCCCCCCGGAGGCCCACACCUCAGUGGGACUGUGGGAGAAGAAACCCGGCCUUCCAUGAACCGAAAGCUGUCGGAUCACCCACCACCCACUCCGUCGCAGUAUGCCCCAGCCCCAGCGCCAGCCCAGCAGCGGUACCUGCAGCAUCACCAUUUUCAUCAGGAACGCCGUGGAGGCAGCCUGGACAUCAACGACGGGCACUGUGGCGUGGGCAUGGGUGGUGAAGUGAACGCCGCCCUCAUGCACCGGAGGCACACAGACCCAGUGCAACUCCAGGUGGCCGGGCGCGUGCGGUGGGCCCGGGCGCUGUACGACUUCGAGGCCCUCGAGGAUGACGAGCUGGGAUUCCACUGUGGAGAGGUGCUCGAGGUCCUGGACAGCUCCAACCCGUCCUGGUGGACUGGCCGCCUGCACAACAAACUCGGCCUCUUCCCCGCCAACUAUGUGGCACCCAUGAUCCGAUGAAGCCCUUCCGGAGGGGUCAGAGGCUUUUGUCUGAAGCUGCCUACAGAGAGGGAGCAAGGAAGAAAAGCUGGAACUACAUCUACAUACGUGUGUGUACACACAUGUACACAUAUAUAUGCCUAUGUAUACACACAUUUAUAAUAGUAAUUUAUUGGCAAUUUAGUUGGUUAAUUAGCUGAUAUGAAAGGAACUCAGAUAGAGGGUUAUAUUCAUACUUGUUUUUCUACUCCCCUCAGCAGGUGUGCGGGUGGUAGGGACAAGGACGUGAAACUCAAAUUCUUCCUGCCCUUACGAUGGCACCGCUUCCUCCUUAUCUUGAGAAUUUUCACUGAGUAGCUCAGCAGAGAUCUACACCUGGCGUCGGACGCUAAGCAGCAGGGUGGGGUUGGAACUUGGUGGGGCACGUUCUGCUUACCUGCAAGCCCACUCACCUGGGAGGUUUGCAGAGCAGCUUCCCUCCUGUUCUCCAAGGGUGAGGACUGCCGGACGGAGAAUCGGGGUGCGGCCGCACAAGCCUGAGCUGGAGCGGUUAGGGUGUGAGGGCAGGACUGGAGCACAGGCGUCUGGAGGCCUGGGCGGGGCCGGCCUCCUGGUUGGUGCUCAGCCAAGGCCUUAUUCUCCCUCACAUGCAGGUCCUCAGCUAACCCUCUUCCUCGUAACUGACAUGGAGAAACAGACGCCCUGAGGAGCCAAGCUCUGGGAAAUGGAGGAAUUUUUCACAAAUCUCCCAAGGGGCUUACUUGGGUGUAACCUCUGUGUCCCCAGUAGCCAAGAUAGCAGCAUCCCAGAUUCUGGCUGGGAACGGUGGGUGUUAGAGCCAUUGUUCUGUGUUACAAGGGGUCUCUCCAGGGCUCUGCUUUCCCUCUUGGUUCUCCGCAUUUUGAAGAUGCCUUGCCCCCCGUGACACAGAGAGAAGCCCCCCCCCCACACAAGAGCAUUGACUAGCGAUUGGCUGAUUGGUUGGUUGGUUGGUUGAUUGACCAGGACCCUGGGUGGGAGCUGACUUCCAGAUGAGCUUCCUUUUCCCCUGCCCUUUGCAUGCCUGCCGGCACCUUCCCCGCACCGAGAGCUGCCCCUGGGGAGAGGAUCCCCACUGUCUCUCUCCAGCACCUCAAAAUAGAAUCAUUUCCUAGUGCUCACCCCAGGGUGUGAAGUACAGAUUGGCCUGGCUGGGAGAAGGGACAUCAGUGUUUUAGGGGAGACUGGGAGCACACAUGCGUGCACCGAAGACGCUUAGUAGGAGUGCAUG